AUCCACGCUGAUACAGAUCGUAUUGAGGACGCUUCUGGUCUACUACAGGCGGAUUUUGCCAAUUGCAGAGUUGGUGGUGGCGCGCUGUCUAGUGGUUGCGUUCAGGAAGAAAUACGGUUCAUGAUUUGCCCCGAGCUUAUUCUUUCCAUCUUAGUGGGAGCCGUUGACCCCUUGGCCGACUACGAAUCCAUGUACAUACAUGGCGCUAUACAAUUCACGGACUAUACAGGUUAUGCUUCCUCAUUUUCAUGCAGCGGUUAUGUAGAUAAAGUCGCAGCACAACAGUCUGACUGUUUGAUUGUCAUGGAUGCUCUCCAUUUCGGCCGAGAUCCGGUCAAUCAAUCGACGCAAUAUGAUCCGAAACACAUACUGCGAGAAGUGAAUAAGUGUCAUAUCGCUGUAACGGCUCCUGGCUUGCCCGAAGGCGUGGCUCUGGCAACGGGCAACUGGGGCUGUGGUGUAUUCGGUGGUGACCCUCAGUUAAAAAGCAUCUUACAGUGGCUGGCCUGUUCGGUUGCUGGACGAGACAUGAACUACUUUCCCUAUGGUGACUCGAGAGUGGCCGAGUUGGAUCGAGUGGCCCUCGUGGCGGAACAGGAAGGGUGGACUGUGGGGGACCUAGCAGCCAAGAUCCUCUUGUAUGUGGCCAACUGGGGGAUAAGUUCCAAGACUCAGACUUUCAGCAUCUUUGUUCCACUUACUGUGAGACUUAGCGGAGAAUCCCUAUGA